AUGCAAUUCCAGUCAGAAAAACAGCAUUUGGACAGUAAAACUGAUAUAGAUUUUCAGUCAAAUUCGCCGCGGUCUUUACAAAACAGGAACACCAAAAACUUAUCCUUAGACAUAACAACUUUUCAUCCGUUAAUGGAAUUCUCAUUGCCAAGUCAGGAUGCACCAGAUCCGGUAAAAAUUCCAUCGCCGUCCCCAUUGAAUCUUUUCAUGAAGCCCAAACUCACCAUGUUGGAAAAAGGCCCCACAAAAGUAGGCUCAAGGCCAAUACCACCGCCACUGCCUCUGAGGCGAAGCGAGGCCUCCAUAUACACACUACCAGCAUCUUUUAAGAACCGGGCCAUUUCUCCAAACUUGUACGCCAGGCCAUCUACGAUAUCGUCCAUCAGCAAGCCUUCAUCGGCAUCACCAUUAUCAUCGUUCUCAGAAAAACCUCAUCUAAAUAGGGUACACUCAUUAUCCGUUAAAACCAAAGACUUGAAAUUGAAGGGGAUCAGAGGACGAUCUCAAACUAUUUCCGGAUUAGAAACCUCCACGCCAAUUAGCAGCGUCCGUGAGUGUACUCUAGGUAAUAGUGACAUGAACAUAUUUUCUAGUCAAAGAAGUAUGCAAACAACAUUGAUUUUUCCAGAAGAGGAACCAGAUCUGAAUAUUGAUGUGGUGCAUACAGAGAUCUAUCAGCGAACAGUUUAUUUAGACGGGCCACUACUGGUAGUACCGCCAAAUUUGUAUCUAUAUUCAGAACCCAAACUAGAAGACAUCUUGUCGUUUGAUUUAGUCAUCAAUGUUGCUAAAGAGAUACCGAACUUGGAAUCUUUAAUACCGCCGGAAAUGGCACGCAAAGUACGAUACUAUCACAUCGAAUGGACACACACCUCCAAGAUUGUCAGCGAUUUAUCUAGGCUGACACACAUUAUGCAUACUGCUUAUUUGCAAAACAAGAAAAUACUGGUCCACUGCCAAUGCGGUGUAUCAAGAUCAGCAUCGUUAAUCGUAGCGUACAUCAUGCGAUAUUAUGGCUUGAAUCUGAAUGAUGCAUACAACAAACUUAAAACAGUGGCUAAGGAUAUAAGUCCCAACAUGGGACUCAUCUUCCAACUCAUGGAAUGGGGUGGGAUGUUGUCUCAGAACACAUUUGACGAAGAGGGCGAAGCUACUAGCAUGUCUGAAGAUAACGAAAUCAGCAACAACGAGGCUUCCCUAUCCACUGCAAAGUCUUACUCUUCUGCGUCAUACAGAAGUUCCCCCAUGCUAAUGAAUCUAUCGUCAUCGCCAAACGACAGUUCUAUCAACUCUUCUGAAGUAACGCCAAGAACGCCCGCUACUUUGACUGGACCUAGGGCUACACUAGUCGAAGAACAAGAUGAACAAGACAAGGACCGCAAGAGAUUAUCCCAGACCGUAGAAGCACUGGACGCUUCCCUCGACAACGAGUCGAUAUCCACCGCAUCGGAACAGAUGAUGCUUCUUCCAUAG